UCAGGGUUAUAUACAAGUAUACAUGUUAUAAAACACUGAACACAAGGCAUUAUUAUUUCUUUUAAUUGGAGUACUAAACACUUUGCACCAGGAUUUUAGCGAUGUUUGGGAACGCUCUACUGAGUCUAUUGAUCGCUGAUGUCCUGUGGCAAUGCCUGGCAUACCCGUCAGGCUCACCCGGCUGUAAACAAGAUGAGGCUCCCAAAAAAGAUUACGAUUUCGUCCCAUUUCACUCGGGACCAGUAAACGACGAGAACCUUCCUUAUUAUGUGAAUUCUACGAAAUCUGGAAAAGAAUGGACAGUGGUGAUUUGGGCUUGGAAUAGUUACUUUAAAGGAUUCCUCCUACGAGUUAUGCCAAUGAAUCCCUCUGAAACAGUAACAGGAAGUUACAUCACAAUGCCUAGCAACACACGGAGCUGUUCAGAUACAGAUGCCACACACAGUAAUGCUAAUACCAAUCACCUAGCAUUGACCUUUGUAUGGAAACAGAGUAGUGAAAUGUCGGGGGAUGUGUAUUUCAAAGCUACUAUUGUUCAUAGUAAAACCACAAACUACAAAAUAACCACUUCUCUGCCUAAGUUCUCGGUCGUGCGAGAUCCAGAAUGUGGAUCCUCUAAAGAAUGCCUGUCUGACUGCCACGGUGGUACCUGUACCUACCAAGUCAGCUGGCAAAAAAAUGGAAAUCUCAUCAGGUUUGAAUUUCUACAGGACUUUGGAGCCGGCAAUAAAUAUCAAGCUUUAGGAUUAUCAGACGAUCAAAAAAUGGGUAAUGACAGUGUAAUGGUUUGUAAGGCCUAUGGAGGAAAGGUGGAAAUUGAGCAAGGAUACAACAUCCCCAGUAUGUUUAAGUUUAGACCAAUCACCGACCCAAACGACACAGAAAUCAGUGUUAUAGAAACAUCCCAGAUAGACAAUGUGAUCAGGUGUGUGGUUGAGCGGACCAUUAACAGUACGAAUCCAGAGGUCUUCAGCUUAUCUCAGCCCUGGUACGUCCUACAUUCCAUGGGAGCUGUUAUAGAUGGCAAUGUUAGCUAUCAUUACACCACAAAAACAGCCUCCCCCAGUGAAGUAAACUUCUUGUCAGUGGGGACUGUACACACAACAGCUGUGUCUUCAACUACGACGACACUCAAAGCUACCACUACACUACAGACCACGACUUCUGCAUCUAACAUUUCCCCUGACCCAGAAUGUGGGACCACCAAAGGUUGUCUGGAAAGUUGUAGUGGAACCAGAUGCACUUAUAUGAUAACUUGGCAAAAGCGAAAUGACUUAGUAAGAUUUGAAAUGAUGCAAAUGUCACUGGGAAACCAAUAUCAAGCCAUUGGACUUUCAAGUGAUGCCAAAAUGGGUGGUGACAGUGUGAUGUCAUGUAAAGUAAACAGUGGAAUGGUGUCAUUUGAGCUGGGAUAUACCACUGGGACAUCAUAUUUAGCUCUUCCAAGUUUGGCAGGGAGUGGCGUGAGAGUCCUAGAGACCUCGCAGACAGCAGGCAGGGUGAGGUGUGUGGUGGAGCGGACUCUGGACAGUAUCAACCCCAAGGUGUUCAGUCUGACACAGAAGUGGUAUUUACUCAGAUCCACCGGACCUCUGGCAGGUGACACUGUAACAAAACAUAGUACAAAGUCUGCCAGCAGUUCCCCUGUAGAUUUCCUAUCAACUUCACUUGUGACAGAGGAACAGCCAGAUAAUCUCAUGGUCAAAAUUCAUGGAUCCUUCAUGAUAAUUGCCUGGGUGAUGUUCUCAAGCAUUGGAAUUGUCACAGCCAGGUUCUUUAAGAAUGGAUGGGAAGGAACUACUUUAAUGGGACAAAAAGUCUGGUUCCAGAUUCAUCGGACAUGUAUGGUUUUAGUCUUUACUUUCACUGUGUCAGCCUUUGUUGUGAUAUUUGUGGAUGUUGGGGGAUAUAGAGAGGUUGUGGUAGAGGAAUCAAAAGGUUAUCUGAGAUACCACCCAAUACUGGGCAUCAUUGUCACUUCACUAACUGUUAUAAAUCCAAUAAUGUCGCUGUUCAGAUGUGCACCCACGGAUAGGAGGCGACCGAUAUUUUACAUAGCCCACUUUACAGUUGGUACUGUUGCACAUAUUUUAGCUGCAAUCACAGUUUUAUUUGGAAUGAAUAUAGACAGGGCCAGUCUCCCAGCGGAGGCUUCAUACAUCAUGUACGCUUAUAUAGCAGUCUUUGUUAUCAUAGAGAUAUCACUGGAGCUGCUAAAACUCUGUCAGACACAAUCUGAUGAUGCUAGUAGCCAUGUUGCCAUAGAAAUGAAAUACAUUGCUGACAAAGAUGAAAAAAGCAUCAAAUUUGAAGAAAAUCCAGUGAUACGAAAGGAAAUAUUUCUGUAUUUUCACAUUUUCCUUAUGGUUGGAUUUUGUUCUUCCUUGGUUGUACUUUUGAUAAUGUCCUAG